GCCUUCUCGACUCCUGACCUGACACACUCACGUACAAACACGCACGCGUGAGAAAGGAAUUGUACGGAGGACUCUCACCAUCCCUCCAGCCGUACUCCGUAUGAUCACUUUUUUUCUGUACCCUUUUCUUUCAUUUUGGAUUCACUCGCCCCUCCCUUUUCGUCUAGUAGGAUUUUUAAUUGACAAUUGAAAACCACAGUCCCUGGCCAGCGCAUCUGCGCCCUGGUCCUCCCCUGUCACUAUCACUUCCUUUCGAACAGAUGAUCUGUAUGCCACCGAACAGACCACCGGCACACGCCCUUCCCCCACAGGCGACCAGUUCUCGAAACGUGCGAUAGACCAUUGAACCACAAUCGACCUCUCUCCAGCUGUCGACGUCUCAAAUAUUUUCCACCCCUUUCUCCAAUCAUCAAAUCUCCUAUCCCUUCGAAUCCACAUACGCGUCAAUCUUCAUGCUCAGAGGCCAGGCACCGACAACCGUGCGUUGCCGUGCACUCUGACAGCCGUUGGGGAACACCCACUGAGGUCAAGACGCUAUUGCGCGAACACGAGGACGCUCGAGGCAAGAGAGAGUCAGAGCUACUCGUCAUGAUCUCCUCCCCGCCAGGUUCGCCGGAGGCUGCGCGCCAGGUUCGUGCGCAGAGCAUGUAUUCAGUCCCUUCACCAGAUCCGACUCAAAAACAACGACCUCAAAGCAUGAUCGGCCGACCACCGCCGCGGAGCAAUAGUCGCAUGAGCCAGAGCAGCAAUCAUGUUGGAAGUCGAGCUUCAGACGAAGAUGCAAAGACGUCGGUCAAAGUCGUGGUUCGUGUACGGCCGCCCUUGGGCCCGACCGAUCCUGGAUUUGAACUCAUCCCGCAGCGGUUCCAGCGGUCAAUGGUACAAGUCAACACAAAUACCAGCCUCGCGGUCGAAUCGCCUCAGGGGCGGAAAAUGUUCAUCUUUGAUCGCGUCUUUGGAGGAGACACCAACCAGGAAGGAGUCUGGGAAUAUUUGCAAGACAGCGUGAACUCCUUCCUCCAGGGCUACAAUGUCUCUAUUUUAGCCUACGGCCAGUCUGGGUCUGGGAAAAGUUAUACAAUGGGCACAUCAGGCCCCAGUGAACAAUUCGAUUCUUCUAUGAAAGGUGUCAUCCCGCGCGCAGCACAACAUCUGUUCGACAACUUGAAUGGAGUUCCUGCACACAGUCGCCACAACUCAGGCCUAAAAUCACCGACGAGGUACUCUGUCACAAGUAUAAAUCAAGUGAUGCGUAACAACAAGUCUUUUCCGGAAAAGGGUUGGGAAAUGUCAGUGACAUACGUCGAGAUCUACAACGAGCAACCAAGGGAUCUUCUCCUUCCUGAAGAUGCACCAUUCACAGAGCGAGCCAACGUCCAGAUUCGGGAAGACCCUCGUGGCCGAAUCUUCGUGGAAGGUCUCAAUUCCGUACGCGUUUCUUCCAUCGAAGAGUUGAUGCGUGUCCUGAACCAUGGCUCUACCAUUCGUCAAACCGAUGCGACUGCCAUCAAUGCCAGAUCGUCUCGGUCCCACGCUGUCUUUACCAUCAAUCUUCGCCAAACCAAAGCCCAAGGUUUCACAUCAACCAAGGACAAACGAGCUUCAAUUGCAGUCGAUCAUUUCCCCUCGCACGAGUCUCCGAUGACAGUGGAAAGCAAACUCCAUUUCGUUGAUCUGGCUGGUAGCGAAAGACUGAAAAACACUCAAGCCACGGGCGAUCGUGCGCGGGAAGGAAUUUCAAUCAACGCUGGAUUGGCUAGCUUGGGCAAAGUUAUUUCACAAUUGUCCUCCAAGGCUGCCGGGACGUUUGUGUCAUACAGAGAUUCCAAAUUGACUCGAAUGCUUCAAGACUCGCUGGGUGGUAAUGCCAUCACUUACAUGAUUGCUUGUGUAACCCCGGCGGAAUUUCAUCUCAGUGAGACGUUGAACACCGUGCAGUAUGCACAGCGAGCCCGAAACAUUCAGAGUAAGCCGAAGAUUCAACAGGUCGACGAUGGAGCCGACAAGCAAGCCAUCAUUGAACGCUUGCGCACGGAGAUUGCCUUCUUGAGACAACAGAUCCGCAGCGCAGAGUCGGGUGAUCGAAGACCUGGCGGUAUGUCAGAAAGAGGAGACAGACCAAACGAACGGGAAAAUGAACUGCAAAACCAACUACUUGACGUUCAAGAGAGCUACGGUGCUUUGAGCCAACGACAUGCAAAGCUGGUAUCCGAGUUGACCAAAAAUGCUGAGGCAUACGAUCAAGCAUCAUCGUUACCAGGUGAAAGUGCUAUCGACAGAUUGAGACGAUCACAAGCCAAUCAGGAAAUGAUUGAGCAAGUGGUAAUGGAAUAUGAGAAGACAAUUCAGAGCCUGGAGACAAACCUCUCGACCACCCGCUCGUCGCUCGCUACCACGGAAAGUAGUCUGUUGGAGAAGGAGACAAAAUGCGCCUAUGUUGAAACCGUGAAUCAGCAAUUGAAUGCUCGAGUACAGAAAAUGAUGGAUCGAGAAUCAAAUACGGAACAAUACCUCCAUGACCUGGAAGCUAGACUCGAUAAUCAGAGCAGUGGCAGCGAGAAGAACGACGCCAUCAUAUCUGAACUCCGGAAGGAGAUUUCGCGCAUCAGAGAAAGUGAAACCAACGCCGAGGACUAUAUUUGCACGUUGGAAGAACGGCUUGCCGAAGCUGACCAAGACGUGGAGAUCAUGCAACGUGAAAUUGAGCGGUUGGAGCAUCUUGUGGAACGUCAGAGAAGUCUAGGCAAACUCGACAAUCUCCUAUACGAGCUCGAUCAUAUUCAAGAAAAGGAAGGGAAGUCCAAGCUUUCCAGUAAGCGAGCCCCUGAAGAGGACAAGAUCAUCGAGGAGGAGCAUGAACAAGAACUCCCCGCGCCAGAAGAGACAGAACUGCCACCACAAAACGAGAAUGAACUCGACGAACAGGUUCAAGACCCAGUUGAACGCGCUCUUGCCGAAAGUGACGCUGCAGGCCUUGAAAAGCUCGAGACUGCCGUUGCGCAGCAGGAGUACCUGAAAGCACAGCAGACCGACGAGCCGCUUCCUAGCCCUGCUCAAUCAAAGUUCAUCACUGAAAAAUUUGAGUCAGUCAGCCAAGAACUCUUCGACCUCCGGCUUGAACAUGAGUCUACGGUCAAUGAGUUGGAUCUUUUGUCGGCCAAAUAUCAGGAGGCACUUCGAACAUUGGCGGAGAUGCAUGACUCAUUUGAGGAGCAACGACAAGGUGAAAUGUCUGAACAGGCCGAGCCUCGCAAUGGCCCUUCGAGCCCGCGUUUUUUAGACGAGGGUCAACUGCAAGGAGCGGAGGAUGGACAGGAACUACCCUCCUCGCGAUCAUUGUCCUCGGAAUUAUCCUUAGCUGGGGAAUCCUCAACUUCAGUGGAUACCGAUAUCACCCCUAUCUCUAAAGCGUCCCCAUCAAUGGAAGUUGCGACGCAAGAGAUUGAGAGGUUGCAAAAUCUUCUUGCAGAGCAUGAGAGGAACAUGCAGCAGGUUACUGAGCAGUACACUCAGCUUCAGGCUGAUCACAAGGAAGCGUUGACAACCGUUGAUCGUUUGAAGACACAGGUCCACCGAUCUAGACCGGCAUCUCCGAGCACACCAGGAAUGCUCCGGCGUAUGACAUCGCAGAGUAACAAUGCAGUCGAUCGUGGUCUGAGGUCGAUAACUGCAUUAAGGGCUUUGCUUGUGGAAGAAUUUGAGAAACAACCCGACCGCAUGGAAGGCGCCGAGGUGCAUCUCUCCGCGGCUUCUACCGAACUUCAGGCCCGCUUAGAACGAAUUCAAGCACUCGAGGCCGAAGUCAAGACGGUGAAGAAAGAAAUGGAACUCAAAUCUACCAUCAUUUCUGGACUCACGAGAGAAAGGACAAGCAUAAAGGCUGGCUCACCCGUUGAUCUCAACAUGGUAUCUCAGUUGAGGGAUCAAAUCAUCCAGAAGGAGACCGAACUAAAGUCUCUUCAUGAAGGAUAUGCCCACCGUGAGCAGGGCCUGCAAGAGGAAAUCCAAAGACUGAACGCCGAGAAGGCAAACGGUCACCUCACCCCUCCCGGAUCCCCAGAUCAAGGAAAGAUCGAGUCCCUCACGGAACAGCUGUCUGACCUAAAGUCUAAGCUUGAGGCAAGUCAACAAGCUGUGGAAGAGUCGGAGAAGAAGUGUUCUCGGACGAAGUCAGAACUCGAGGCAGCACUGGCAAGCGUUGCAACCCUCAAAGCUCAGCAAGUCUCUGGCGAGGGCGAUGUGGCGUCCGAACGCGCUACCACCGCUACUGCCAUGCAAAACGAGCGUGACAACUACCAAGAACUCAUCAACAAUCUCAAACAGGAGGUAGAAGAGCAGCGGGGCUUGAAUACUGAACAUGCCGCAAGGGUGUCUGAGCUCCAGCAACUACAUGACUCACUGAGCAAAGAUUUUGAUGCCCAGACAGAACAGGCGAAGUCGCAUCGAAACGAGAUCGCUUCCCUUAAGACCCAGAUUGCACAUCUUGAGCAGAAGAUUACAGAGGCUGACUCGGCUCUCGAAUCCCACAAGCAGGGUGUGAAGUCAAUCCACGACUCGCAUAACAGUCAGAUCGAGGAGAUAAAGUUGGCGCAUGCCGGCCACCUUGCAGGCUAUGACGACCAGAUCGCAGAGAUGACGAAGAAGCAUGAAAAGCUCGUGUCUACCUACAAGAACGAUCUUGAGCAUGCUCUCACCACAAUUGACGAGCUUGUUUCAAAGGCUGAGAAUGCACUGGGCCACCCAACCGAUGCUGAUAUGCUUGCCAGCCAUAUUCAAGAUGUCGUGGAGGAAAAGCAUCACAUUGUGGAGGCCAAUCUGCGGCUGAAAGAUGUGAAUGCUGAACUUGAACGUCAACUCGACGGUAGACAAGGCUUGCUGGAGCUAGAAGAAGCACUAUCGGACGCGAAUGCUAAGAUCGCCAACUACCAGGAGACCAUCCGCAGUCUUGCGAAUGAAGUUGGCAACCACGAGGAAACAAUUCGUGAGAAGGAGGCUCAGAUCAAGAAAGCCGAAGCUGCCGCGGAGACAAUCAAAGCUGAGAAGGCUAAGAAAUCAGUCAUCAUCGAGGAGCUUGAGCAACAGUUGCAGAGCAGUUUCGAACAGCAUCACAAUAGAGUCUCGGUGAUACAAGCGCAAGGAAAUCAGGCUUUGGUCGAAGCUCAGCAGAGAAUCGCAACCUUGGAGAAGGAUCUCGACCAGAGAAGAUCAAUCAACGAAGGUGGUUCGGACAGCGGCUCACGAACCAACACCAUGAAAUCACAGAACCGACCUCAAUCACCGCCAGUCGACGGAGGCGUCCCGAGAUCCAAUUCGAUAAAUUCGAAUCUACGCAAGUCAGCAUCAAUUGCUUCUCUGCCAUCGCCUCCACCGGCCAUCCCUCUACCCCCUUUGCCUACCUUGCCAGGCCUCCAAGUCGGAGGUGCUACGAAUCCCUCACCUCCUCAAUCUCGUCACACGUCUAAAGAGGUCACCCUUCCCGUCACACCGGUCUCGGGCACUGCUGUCUCUACCAACUCCCAGAAUAUUCGCCGAUCCUCCGCACUCAUUGAAGAACAAGAGAACCGUCUGCGCACCAUCGAGAAACACCUUCAUGCCGAGAAACAGUUGACGGCCACUCUCGAGGAGGCACUCGUUGACCUCGAGACGCAAUCGAACAAGCUCCGCGCCGACGCCGAAAUCUGGAAGAAGAAGGCUUGGUCCAUGGAGGAGGAACUCUCGGGUCUCAAGAAGGAGCGUCGCUCGGAGCGUCUGAGCGUCCAAGCCGUCGAGGAAGAGGUCAAGAAGCGUCGCGAGGCCGAAGCCGCGAGAGCUCAACUCGAAGAACGCAUGCGAUUGUUGACGGUCGGAAAGGACGGCAAGACGAAGAAACGAAAGGGAAGCUCAUUGAAUUGUUUCUAAGCGUUGACUUGACUUUUGACCACUUGGACGUGGGCGUUGGUUUGUUUUUUUCUUGUUCGGCACCACUUUUUAAAGCAUGGCACGAUACAACACAGCACAGCACAGCACAGCGAGUCGAGUUGGAUUGGAUUGGGGUUCGGAUUGGGGUUCGGAUUGGAUGGGUCUUCGAGAAGUCCGCGCCCUCCCGGGAAUCUUUUUUUUUUGUUUUGUUUUGUUUAUUUCUGCCUUUGAUUAACGGCUUGAAUCCGAUAUGAUGGUAACCCACGGUCAUAAUGUCACCUCUACAUUCCUACUCUCUCAUUCCAAACAUACCUCCCCUCGACCACCCGACACCCACACUUUACAUGUAUAUUUUCAUUUGUUUUCUUCUCCUUUUAAAUUUGGAGACCUCAUCAGUCAGGCAUAGCGACAGGGAGAGAGAGAGAGAGAGAGAGAGAGAGAGAGAAAAGGCGAGGAAUAAUUGUGAUGGGCAGGGCGGU